ACAUGUGAUUUGAGUAUAAAAAGAUGGGACAUUUUCGUUGUGAAUUUAUAUUCCAUCAAAGUCAUCCUUCUUUAUUACAAUACAUUUUCACAUCUUUUUUUAUUUUCAUUCAUAAUUCUGCAGAACAAAAAAUGUGCACCGUUUCGGUUGCUGCUAUCAAGAGAGCAACACCCAAACCUAUUGGUGAAGGUGAUACCGAAGGUGCUGUCCGGGGUUCUGGUUUCAAACGGGACAAUACCUUUGCUGCAUCUAUUAUAAAAGAUGAUACUGGAGCUAGUGCCACUGAUGCUAUAUAGAAGAGGGACAAUGCCACGUCCCUACUUUCACUUCUAGUUCAGGUGCAAUUGUUCUUAUAUAAAUACCAUAUAAAUGAUAAGUGACACCAAUAGCGCUAGUUACUUUAUGAAUAACCAUGCCGCUUUAC